CUCUUUUCAAAAUGGAAGACAAAUAAAUCUAAAUUUCGCCUAGAUUUCUAAAGGUAAGGAUGUAUGUUAGUAGUCAGUUCUAAAUAAGAAUACACAAUGAAUAUAGAUGUAAUUGAAGACCACCAUGAUGAACAUCCUUCCCCUACUCCAGAUUCUACUGUAUCCUCACUCACAGGAUUUCUCUUUGGUAAUAUUGGCAAAGAGGGAGAGUUGGAAGAAGAUUUUCUUGAUGAGGAAUCUAAAAGACAUCUGGGAUCUUUAAAUGAUCUAGGAGGCUUGAGUUCCAUGGUGAAAGAAAUCACAGAAGAUGGAGGCAAUGAUAGUUUCUCUGCAGAAGAUACAGAUUAUGAUAAGAAAUCACCUACUGCAGUAGAUUUCUCUGAUAUAAAUGAAGCAGUAGAAGAAACAGCAGAAGAAAAUAGAAUAAGAGAAGCUAUGGGAGGAUUUACUAUGACUAAGAAUGAUGAGGAUGAUGAUUACGACACUGAUACUAGUGAUAGGAAGUUGAUGCCACCACCAGCAUGGCUACCAUCACAUACUCACAGUUCAGAUACCUCACACUUGACCUCACCUCAGAAAGGUCGUCACUCAUCAGGAGAAGAUAAUUCUCCAUCAAAAAAUGCUCCAUUAGCCAAUAUGUUACCGCCUGAAAUGGAAUCAGUUAGUGUAACAGAUCUAUUUCCUGAAUUUAGACCCAAUCAGGUUCUGCGGUUUUCACGCCUGUUUAAACCACACCAUGUACCUCAUCUAUAUAAACGUAAGAAGAAAAAGAAAGAUGAAGAAGGUAAAAAAGAAGAAGUUUCUGAUAGUGGCAUUGAUGAUUCUGAUCUUGAUGAUGAUUGUCCUAUUAAACUAGAACUAGGCAGACCAGCUAAACCUGAAGAAUGUUUAACUGAUGAUGAGGUUUGUAUUAUUGAUGAUUCAACAGAGUCUAUUACAUCCCGUGGAAAACAAGAUGGUAAUGCUGAUACUGAACAGACCUAUAACCUAGCUCCCUGGAGGUAUGGCCCAGCACAGUACUGGUAUGAUAAGAUGGGUGUUGAUGAGACUGGGGAAGGAUUUGAUUAUGGAUUCAAACUCAAAGAGGCAAAAGAGGAAGAAGAAGAAAAGAAGGAAUAUCCAGAUAAACCUAAAAUGGUCUUCCCUGAUGAAGCUUUUCUAAUGAUAACACAAGUACAGUGGGAAGAUGAUAUCAUCUGGAACAGUGAAGAAGCGAAACAAAAAGUUCUACAGAAUCACAAACAAAGAGCAGCAGCUGCAGGCUGGGUACCUAGUACUAAUAGUAGAACUGCUACUCAAUUUGCUCAGAUUAAUAAGAUAAGUAACAGUGCUAUGUUAGGACCUCAAAUCAGUUUAAACAAACCACUACUACCAGGACAAAAACCAGAGUAUGAGAGCUCCUGUGAUACAUGGUAUUCCAUAUUUCCUAUUGAAAAUGAAGACUUAGUUUAUGGUAAUUGGGAAGAUAAUAUUAUUUGGGAUUCAGAGAAUAUGGAUAAAAUACCCAGUCCACCAGUAUUAACUCUAGAUCCUAAUGAUGAGAAUAUUAUAUUGUCAAUACCAGAAGAUAGAGAUCCUAAUCAACCAGAUGAACCAGCUAAAAAAGAAAAGGUACAUUUCUUCAUAUAUUUGCAGGAAUUAAAGAAAUCUAAGAUAUUAUUAGGGAAAGCUGGUAUAAUCAAAGAGGAAGAUGAAGACAAAGAUGAGGAUGAGUUAUCAGUUCAGACUAAAGAUCCAUUUAAUUUAUCUAAUGAUGAAUAUUAUAAUCCUAAAAUAAUGGAUAAUGCCUUACGUUCUAAUAUUGGUGGUGUUCUGAUACAGCAUUCAACACCAGCAGUAGAGUUACGGCAGCCAUUUUUCCCUACCCACAUGUCAGCUGUCAAACUACGUCAAUUUCACCGACCUCCAUUGAAAAAAUAUUCACAUGGUCCAAUGGCUGAAGGGGGUAUUAGACCUGUAUUACCGCUUCUCAAACAGAUCAAACGUAAAGCAAAGAUGAGAGAACAAGAAAGACAAGCGUAUGGUGGAGGUGAAAUGUUUUUUAUGAGAACACCACAAGAUUUAACAGCUAUGGAUGGAGAAGUCAUACUGUGUGAAUUUUCCGAAGAAUUCCCUCCUUUAAUGAUGCAAGUUGGCAUGGCAACCAAAAUGAAGAACUAUUACAAAAGGAAACCUGGUAAAGAUUCCAAUCCACCACAGUUCCCAUAUGGGGAGCUAGCCUACGCUCAUACUUCUCCCUUUCUAGGUGCUAUACAACCUGGUGUAUGUAUACAAGCAUUGGAAAAUAAUAUGUUCAGAGCACCAAUAUACCAACAUGUCAAACCAUCCACAGAUUUUCUAGUCAUUAGAAAUAGGCAGAAUUUUCAUAUAAGAGAAGUAGAUGGACUAUAUUGUGUUGGUCAAGAAUGUCCACUGUAUGAAGUACCAGGUCCUAAUUCUAAAAGAGCUAAUAAUUUUGUCAGAGAUUUCCUACAGGUGUUUAUAUAUCGUUUAUUCUGGAAGAGUAGAGAUAAUCCUAAACGUAUUAAAAUGGAAGAUAUUAAAAGAGCUUUUCCUUCACAUUCUGAAAGCAGUAUUAGAAAAAGAUUAAAAUUAUGUGCUGAUUUUAAAAGGACAGGUAUGGACAGUAAUUGGUGGGUUAUUAAACCUGAUUUUAGAUUACCAACAGAAGAAGAAAUUCGAGCUAUGGUGUCUCCUGAACAAUGUUGUUCUUAUUAUAGCUUGAUAGCAGCUGAACAGAGACUCAAGGAUGCUGGUUAUGGUGAGAAAUCUAUGUUUGCUCCAGAAGAAGAUAAUGAAGAAGAAGCACAGAUGAAGAUUGAUGAUGAGGUGAGAACAGCACCCUGGAAUACCACUAGAGCCUACAUCUCGGCAGUGAAAGGAAAAUGUCUGUUGAAGUUAACGGGUGUAGCAGAUCCUACUGGUUGUGGUGAAGGCUUCUCAUAUGUCAAGGUUCCUAACAAACCUCAGCCAAAGGAACAAGAAGCUAAAGACACACCUGUUAAAAGAACUGUUACUGGUACAGAUGCUGAUCUGAGACGUCUGAAUUUGAAGGAUGCUAAGAAUAUGUUGAGAAAGUUUGGCUUGGCGGAGAGUGAUAUCAAGAAGUUGUCUCGAUGGGAAGUUAUUGAUGUUGUAAGAACUAUGUCAACUCAACAAGCUAAAGCUGGUACUGAAGCUGGAAUGAGUAAAUUCGCUCGUGGAAACCGCUUUUCUGUAGCUGAACAUAUGGAGAGAUAUAAAGAAGAAUGUCAAAGAAUAUUUGAUCUUCAGAACAGAAUACUAGGAUCUAGUGAAGUACUAUCUACCGAUGAUGAAUGGUCGUCUGAAGAUUCAGAAUAUGAAGAAAUGAGUAAAAAUAUAGAGAGUAUGUUGUCAAAUAAAAAAACUAGUUCACAGCUAAGUCGUGAAAGAGAAGAACAAGAAAGAAAAGAAUUACGUCAGAUGGUAAUGGGUGGCUUCGAGAAAGAAAAAAAUAAAAAUGACAAUCGAAAAGAUGAAGAUGACCCAAUGCAAGGACUUGGAGAGGGAGGACUGAAGUUAAAAAUAACUAGAACAUUUAAAGAUGAAACUGGUAAAGAAUAUACACGUACAGAGAUAGUUCGUAAACCAUUAGUUAUAGAAACAUACGCUAGAAUACGUCAAACUAAAGAUCCUAUGUUCAUAAAACAGUUUGCUGCUCUAGAUGAUCAGUUGAAAGAUGAGAUGAGAAAGGAAAGAAGAAGAAUUCAGGAACAGCUGAGAAGAAUCAAAAGAAACCAAGAAAAGCCACAAAUGCCUUCUCAACCUCCUAAAAAGAAGAAGAAAAAGGAGACCCUUUAUAGCACUCAUGUGGCACGCUCUGAGACAAUUUUCUGUCGCAGUAGCAGCGCUGUUAGAAUGCUUUUCCAGUGUUACAGGGCCAAAAGAGAACAGUAUUUUGUUGGUAGAGUUGUAUCGUUUCAGAUGAAAUGUGGUGCAUGUGGUGCUGUCGGUCAUAUGAGAACCAACAAGGAGUGUCCUAUGUAUGCUAAUUUAGCAGGCAAGAUAGCACCAGUUCAAGUUGCUAUGACUGAAGAGCAAGAAGAAGAAGAAGAGAAAAAUCUUCCCAUAGCAGAUCAAGAGCUCAUCAAUGUGGAAGGCACCAAGAUUAAACUUUCCAAAAAUCUUUUGGCUCAUGCUGAGAGUUUAAAGAGAAAGUCUUUGUUAUUAAAGUUCCCGAAACAAGCUGUUGAAAAUAAAAAGAAAAGAAGAAUUGGUACAGUUAUUCACUGUGAUUAUUUAAAGAAACCUAAACAAUCAUCUAACAGAAGAAGAACAGAUCCUCUAGUGACCCUUUCAACUAUAUUUGAAAAUGUUUUAAAUGAACUAAGAGCUAUACCUAAUACUCAACCGUUUCUAUUUCCUGUUAAUCCCAAAGAAGUACCUGAUUAUUAUAAAGUGGUGAGAAAACCUAUUGAUUUACAAUCAAUUAGAGAGAAUUUGAGGAAUAAAAAAUAUCGUUCUAGAGAAGAAUUUUUAGCAGAUAUUAACCAGAUUGUAGAGAACAGUAAAAUGUACAAUGGUCCUAGACAUACUUUAACAGUCACUUCACAAAUGAUGGUAGAUCAUGUUUUAAAAAGAUAUGCAGAGAAAGAACAGAAGUUGAUGAGAUUAGAAGCUGCUAUUAAUCCUCUAUUAGACGUCAAUGAUCAGAAAGCAUUAUCUUAUAUCUUCUCACAUAUAGUGGAACUAUUUAAACAUGUUGAAAAUUCUUGGCCAUUCCAUAAUCCAGUGAAUAAAAAACAGAUUAAAGAUUAUUAUGAUGUGGUAAAAAGACCAAUGGAUUUCAAUACAUUACAUAAGAAUUGUGAUAGACAUAAAUAUCACAGUCGUGAAGAGUUUAUAGAAGAUGUAGAAUUAAUUUAUACCAAUAGUCUACAAUAUAAUGGUGCUAACAGUUCCUAUACAGCAGCUGGUAGAAAGGUGGUAGAGAUGUGUAAGGAACAUCUUCAAGAGGUAAUGAACCAGGGGACCUUACCUUUAUGUUUUCUAAAAUAG